AUGGGAAUCGGCCUCAUGAUAGCUCACGCCCUCGCCUCCGCGGGCGCGUCCAAAGUAUACAUCCUCGGGCGCCGCGAAGACAAACUCUCAGCCGCAGCCUCUCAACACGAAAACAUCAUGCCACUCCAAUGCGACAUUACAUCCAAAGCAUCCCUCCAAGCCGCCGUAGACUUCAUAACACAAGACAUAGGCUACAUCAACCUCCUUGUCGCAAACUCCGGUAUCUACGGUCCACCAUCAAGUUUCAUACCCAGCUCAAGCGUCAAAGAACUGAGGGAGCAUAUGUUCGAGAACAUAUCUAUGGAAGACUUCACACAGACCUUCCACGUCAACACUACUGCGACGUACUUUACUAUGCUGGCUUUUCUCGAACUAUUGGAUGCAGGAAACAAGAAUGCCAUAGCCGGUGGAUUUGUGUAG